AUUGUAGAACGUACACGUUUUCCAAUGCGGUAGGUCGAUACACCGGGACGCUAAACACCUUUAGUAUUUAAUUAACAGUUCGAUCUUUAUAACCUGGAAGCAGAUUCCUAAUUAGCCUUCUUUUAAAAUGCUUAUUUGUUGCUGUUCAUGUUUUUAGAGUGAUGCAAUUUGUACAUCUCGCACCUUACAUGAUUCUUUAACUUCAAUUCCCUUUUCUUUUGUUACACCUUUCUAUUAUGUGCACGUGUUAACAAGUUUAUGUGUAUUUUAAUUUAUACAUUUAAAGCACUCAUAAGCGCUUUAGAUCUAAACAAACGUUCUGUAUCUUCUACAUCGUACCAUUACGUUCAGUUUCACUAAUUGUUAUCAUUUGUUAUUUGUAGUUGUCAAAUUAAUUUUAAGUUUAACGUGACAUCAGCUGGUGUUGUUAAUUAGUAACGUUUUAAUUUGUUUGAAAUCUCAAAAUGUUUCUGGGUGGUCGGAGACAAGCCAACAAGUGGGCUAAAGAAUGCCUGCAGACUGGACUGGCUCUUAUCCUCUCGUACGUCAUUCUCUCCCAUACCAACUUCCUUCAUCAUGCUAAAACCACUGUACAAGACGUGUACGACAGUCACGUGACCUCCACUUCCGGCAGGAAACAGUUCGUAAUCCUCUUGGCAGGCUCCAGAACUGGUUCCAACUUCCUGGCCCAGCUCUUUAAUCAGAACCCCAACUUCCUUUACAUUAACGAGCCUUUCUCCGUCAGACAUCUCCUUGACCUCCGAGAGUAUGAGAGGAUACCAGAGGCGGACGAGAGGUCCACUCUAGACGAGCUCCAGAUAUUCUGGUUACGACAAGUGCUAGACAGGUGCGACACAGGAGACAUGCCUAUGCAUCCUGAGCUGGAGAGGUUUGGGAAGUGCGGACUGGAGGGUGAGAACUUGUUGAGGUUCGGACACAAGCACUGUAAUGAGACCUUUAAUGAGAACGCCAGAUCAGAACUCUGUGUCAUGAGGAACACUGUUGUCAUGAAGAUAAGUCGGCUGCUUCAGCUGAACUGGUUUAAUUAUAUCAAAGAUGAUUUCGUUGGGCACGACUUCAAAAUAAUCCACCUUCUGAGAGACCCACGUGACGUAAUAGCUUCACGAUUCAGAUUUAAACACUAUUACUACAAGGAUCGGUUUCCAAUCACACACACUGUGAAUAUGGAGCACAAAGUAAGCCUGGCAGCCGAGGAAUGGUGUCUCAGAGAGUUAGAUACUCUGAUGUUUGCUGAGCGCUCACCUCCAUCCUGGCUUCAAAACAAUUAUCGGAUGAUAAGGUUUGAAGAACUAGUCAGUAAUCCUAAAGCUAUCGCUAGAGAACUGUACGACUUUAUAGGCUACGAAACAAUACCCGAAACUGUCCAGACCUGGCUGAAGCAUCACGGCGGAAAUAAGCUGGACAUGUUGGAGCCGGCGAUGGAGUACCCGGCUGACCGGUGGAACGGAACAAUGACAGCAGCGGUGGAGUACGAGUGUAAACCGCUCAUUAUCAAGAUGGGACUUAAGUUCCAGGAGUUGGACAUCCAGUACUCUCAGAGUUAUUAUUGAGAUCUUCAAUGCUGUUAUAUUUAUAAAGUGUUGGCCGUUGGGUUGUCAUACUUUCAUAGACAAAGCAGACUUCAUUUAUAUUAAUAUAGUGUAGUAGUGUGGCCCGGUAAUUUUACUUCUAGUCUAGCGAUGAAAUUAAAGUUCAAAAUGUUUAAAAUUUGUUUUGUUUGUUGUCUGCCUACCUGCUACUGUGUAAGCUAUUUCCAAAUAUUUAUUUCUACCCGCGUCAGGGGAUUAACAUAUCAUUAUCAUUGUUUUU